AUGAGCUUCUUCACGGCCCUGAUUGGCGUCUUGGCCCCCCUCAUGAUCGCGCUGUCGCCCGUGCUCUCCUACGGCGACCAGGCCCUCGCGAUGCACCGCAGCAAGUCGAGCGCCGGCUUCUCGCUCGAUAUUCCCCUCAUCAUGCUCAUUGCUUCAUUUCUUCGCAUCUUCUACUGGCCCGGCGCCCGAUACGAUACGAGUCUCCUCGUCCAAUCCGUCAUCAUGGUCGGAAUGCAGCUCGCCCUGCUCAAAAUCGCCCUCGACAACCGCCCGAGCCCCUCCUCCAAGGGAGGCGAGUCCAGCCAGCCUUUCAACGGCAUGCAGUCCAACAACAAGGGCUUCGUCGAGGCUAUCCUCAACUUUGAACGCCCCUACAACUUUUGGCAGUGGAAGGCCGACAAGCCAUACUGGCACUUCCUCGUGUACUUCGUCCUCGCUCUAUGUGUUCUCCAGCUCCUCUUCGCGCCCAUCCACUCCUUCUACGGCUUCUACUCGGACAUGCUCGGCAUCGUCGGCCUCUCCGUCGAGGCCACCCUCCCGCUCCCGCAAAUCGUCGCCAACAUCCAGACCCGCGCCUGCAAGGGCUUCCGCAUAUCCGUCCUCGCCAGCUGGCUCAUCGGCGACGCCAUGAAGAUGAUUUGGUUCUUCACCUCGACCUCGGAGAUCCCCUGGGCCUUCAAGGUCUGCGGCGUCUUCCAGGCCAGCUGCGACUGCCUGCUCGGCCUGCAGUACUUCCUCUUCGAGACCCAGGCCGGCGCCCAGCUGCUCCAGUCGAGCGGGUUUGGCGCCGGCGGCGGCGGCAGCCAUCACGGCGUCCAGUAUCAUCAGAUGCAGCAGAUGCAGGAGAACGGCUGGGACCACAAGCCCUCCAUGCACGCGCCCACGAGGAGCAUCACGCCCACGAGACGACCUGCGCCUUUCAGCGACGACGAUGCGGAAUAG